GACGGUCCCAUUGGUCUAGAAGUUAUUCGUGUGGGGGGCGGGGGGCGUGUUUCAUGUGUUCACUCCCCAUCAUCAUUGUCCUUCCUCCCUUUCCUGAGGAAGCGGACGCCGAAGCCAGAGGGGGGGGCCAGAGGGGCCCAGCAGCCCGCGCCCCAGAAGCCGGGCGGCCCCGGCGUUGGCGGGACCCGCGGAUCCACCAGAUGUGGGGGUUGGUAGAAAGCGCCGUGACCAAGCUCGACGAAGGAAUCGACGCGGCGGAGGCUAGCAUGGAGCACGUGCUCGCGCAGGUCGCCGACGGGGUCGACGACCUCAGGGACGGGGUGGUCGACGCGCUGGGACUCGACGAGAAGUUCAAGAGCGUGUCGGACAACACCUUGGACGAAGUGGCGCCCAAGGCGGGGGACAUGGUGAUCGAGGACGCCGUGCACUUCAUCCCUUCCUUCAAGCGACUCGACGACGCCACGCCGCAGGAUCUCCAGGGGGCGUCAAGAGCCGCAUGCACCGAUACGAUAUUGAGCUUCCGGGAGAAGAUCCACGAUUUCUGCGAGGACGUCGUCGAGGCUUUGAAGGAGGGUGCCGACAUGAUCGCAUCUGCCCUCAGUUGCCUCUACAAGGUUGCCAGCUGGAUACUGCGAGCGUGCAGGGAGGGAGUCCAGAUUGCCGUGGACCUGCUGAAAAAGGUCAUCCCCGACUGCUGCGAGGCCGCUUGCUUAUCGUGCGCGGGCCUCGGCGCUAAACUGAUGAUGUGGGUAGCAUCGGUGUUUACCAAGAUAGUCGACAUGGUAGAGGACCUCAUCAAGCGAGCCCUGCACACUUUUGGAGUGCCUGACUGGAUUUGCGAGAAGGUCGAUUUCAAUGGCAAUGCCAGCGCGGACCAUGCAACAGAUGACGACGAGCCGGUUAAGGUAAAAGCGGCGAAGAGAAUAAAAGAGGAGCAGGGCGAAGAUGCACCUACACAGCAAGCUAUGGAGGGCGCCGAUGACGCUGGAGCACAGCUCGUCAUCUAGGAGAGAGGGGUCCAGGCCAAUCAUUAUUCAACACUUACAGCCAGCUGAUAGCACGAAACCAGCCUGUGGUUGCACCAAAAAGUACGACGUACGUAGUGGGUAGUGUAUUCCAUGGUCGUGCAUGUCCUGGAUCAAGCGUAUGAGUUGUUUCAGACUGGAUUUCGCCAUGCAUUCGCUCCCACGAAGCAUCUUGUACAUACGUCAUACGAGUCUCCUUAUGUUAGGGCACCUGCUUGCACAAUGCGCUGCGAGUGCCUUUCUUCUCUUUCCUUCUCCCGUGAAGUGUCAUUUUUGUAUGUCUCCUUCGGACGCCGCUGCGACCUGGGAAGAAGGCCGUAUGGAUGGUGCCGACCUUUUUCGCAUGGACGCGUUGGUCAUCGUUGAUUCGUGUUUACGUGACCCGCGAUCUGUGUUUGUUGGUCUCGGUUUCAAUGGGCCUGUAGUUUUAGGUAGUAUUGACGCAGCCGGCCUGAGCUGGUAAUGGCGGCCACGGGGAGGGGCUUGGAGUUGGCAGCGCCCUAGGCGCGCCAAGCAUCCACCGCUGUUCGGACGGAUGCGGUAGGGGCGCUCGUGGUUCCGGGGCCCGCCCAAAGAUACGGCGUGGGUUCCCCCAAUUGUCGGGAGGGUUCAAAGGGACGCGAGGACACUUUAUUCAGUGCCCACGGCACGUUGGCGGAUCUCUUGUGUGCGCAGCCGCGGCCGUCGCCAUCGCCGAAAAUAAUCAUAGCGAGCACGUGCGUUUGCAUUCAUUUAGAGAUGUUGCCCCACCGG